AUGAUCACAGUUGACGCGUACAUUGUGGACCUCUUCUCGCCAGGUCAUCUUGGCGGCUGCUCCGUGCAUCAACGAGCUCAGAAGAAGUCGGUGUGGACCUGGCCGAAAACUGGCUUGGAUGACAUCGAGUACCCGUACAGGAGGGGGUUUAGUCGCUUGAGGGUAGGUGUCGACCAGCAGCGUUGUGGAGCUGAAAGGGCGAACAUCGAAUCGCUGUUGGGACGCAACCUGGACAUGUACAGUACCUCGAUCAACUUCCCAGAUACGACCGCAUCUCCCGACAGUGACUGUGCUGUGCUCGACCCAGAGACCUGGGAUGAUAAAGUGACGAUCUCUAGCCCCAGACAAAGGUCUGGUAUCAGCACCAAGCCUUGCCACCCCUGGCAUAAGGGUCCCAGCGAGGUCGGAGCCCUUGUCGACACAAACUUCGGCGGAAGCGAUGAGAUAUUGCGGGUCGAGGGGUCGCCGUCCGCCAUGACCAGGCUACGAUCCGGGCUUGCGGGUCUCCCCAAUCGAGCUACUGCAAUGAGCACGGGCAGUGCUAGCUACUGCAACACCUUUGAACAAAGUUUCCCGAAGGAGGAACCUUGGAAAGCCUCAUUUCCAAUCCCGCUGACCCCCGAUGCUCGGGAGAUUGGCCAGGGGCCCAUAUUCCCCGUCGUCGAGGCGUGGGAUCAUGAAGAUCUGAGCCUGUCAACGCCCAGCAACGCUGCCAUAUGCUGCCAUAUGCGACCCCACCGCAAUGAUUCGCACAGGGGAGCGUCUCAGAAGCGACAGGGGGCCCCGAAAGGCUGUAGCGCGGGCAAGAAGGCCAGCCGAAAAGAGGAAUGA